UUUGCUUAUUGUAUCGUUUGAAGCGGAGGGUUACUAUGAGCAAGCAAUUUUUUACUAAGUGGCUGAAAAUUGAAAUUUUGUUGGACUUUCUAUUAGUAUUAGGUUGUCACAAGAGGGUUUUUCUGUUAAACUAACCAAAUGAGCGUUAAUAUUAACACCAGUGUAGAAGAUCAGUUUUAUCGGUACAAGAUGCCAAAACUGAUCUCUAAAAUAGAAGGUCGCGGAAAUGGCAUAAAAACUGUGAUCGUUAAUAUGGCCGAAAUUGCUAAAUCUCUUAGUUGUCCCCCCUCCUACCCCACAAAAUUUUUUGGCUGCGAGCUUGGCUCUCAAACAGUAUUAGACGAUGCUAAUUCACGCUUUAUUGUCAAUGGCAGUCAUCAGGAUCAAACUCUCAGAGAACUCCUUGAUAAGUUUAUUCGAAAGUACAUCCUUUGUCCACACUGUGAUUUACCAGAACUUGUUACGGGUGUAAAGACAGGCCUAUACCAAGGUUCCUGUGGUGCCUGUGGUUGGGCGGGUCCUUUAGAUAACUCUCAUAAACUGAUAUCUUAUAUUCUAAAGAAUCCACCUAAUCCCUUUGGCCUGACCAGAAGAGGGAAAAGUGAUAAUAAAUCAGAGAGAAUGGGAAAAGGCCAGCCCAAUAAAAAAGAGAAGAGCAAGAGCAAAGCUAAAGAAUCAUAUACGGAGCGCUCCGAACAUCUUCCCAUUGAGCAUCUCAGCAGAGAAAAAAAGUUGGGAGUUGAGGGCUAUAGUGGCGACGACGAUGACUGGGUUGUUGACACUAGUGAAGAAGCAGUUCGAAGGAGGCGGGAGGCGCACAAGGCAAGCCUUAGCAACGCCGUGAAGGACAUGAUCGCUAACGAACUCGAUUACAUACAACUGCCUGCCGCGGAGCGUUUGAAUUUAUUCAAAGACUAUAUCAGUGACGACUCGGUUACUGUUAAGGCCAUGUUCGAGGAAGCGAAACGUCUGGAUGUGAUGGAUUCCGGAAUUACGGCUCUUGUCGAGAGCAAACUGAACUCUAAAGACAUCAUUCAGUCUAUUAAAUCUAAUAUGCCUCUGCUUUUAACAUUUUGUCAGGAUAAAGCUUGCGAACAGAAGGUGUUAUUAGGUGCCUUAGAACGUCUCGUUGGAACCACACGGCCAGAACAUUUACCAAAACUUAAUCAAAUUUUGCAACUCUUGUACGAAAAAGAUGUUUUAGAAGAAGGAGUUAUUAUUAGCUGGGCUCACCAGUUGUCUUCGUCCUAUACGACGAAUAAUGCCUUGUUUAAGAAAAUAUUGCGAAGUGCUUCAAAGUUUAUAGAAUGGCUUGAGAACGCUGAAAGUGAAACAGAUAGUGAAGAGGAAGUCACCUUUUUGCAUGAUCUUGAUAAAGGCAAGGAGUUUGAACGAAAAGUCUACAUAUCGUUGGCAGACACUGGAAACGCAAGUAGUGCGCGUGAUGAACCCUGCGACACAGACGUUGAAGAAUUAGAUAUUGACAGCAUAUAAGGAUUUACAAGUUUGUCGGAUAUAAAAGUACAGCGUCACUGCCUGUAGGUAGUCUUAUAAUAAGAGAAGAGAAUUCGUGUGCUUAUACAUUUAUAAACAAUAAAAUUAUUAAGUUGUUCUA